UAAUAUAUGAGGCAAAUUGACAAGUACGAGUACUCUUUACCUCAUAUUAUUUUACGAAGUAUUUAUUUACGUAUUUUAAUCCAAUUCGUUUUGUUGAUUGAACUCAUACUUUUAAAAUUGGCUAAAUCAACUGUUAGGAAUUGCGUCAGACUCAGUAUUAUACUGUAUUCGCGUGUAAAUUAACUCAAAGUGCUAUUAAUACGCCGAAAUAAAAUAAUUCGACAGUGUUAUUUGUAAAGUAUUAUCUAACAUUAAAUUCGCUUAAAAUGUUAUCGGAUAACGUGACACUGAUUGUGAAGGCACCGAACCAACAAAUAGAAGACCAGAAUAUAGAAUGCCAAACAUCGUGGACAGUGAAGCAAUUAAAAGGGCAUUUAUCGGAAGUUUAUCCUAGUAAACCAAAAACAGACGAGCAGAAAAUAAUUUAUUCAGGUCAAUUAUUGGAUGAUAAUUCCAUACUGAAAGACGUACUUCGGUCUUACGACAGUGGAAUUGUGCACACUAUGCACUUAGUCUGUAAGCCAACACGCAACAUGACUAAAGAAAAGACCGAAAAGACCACGGAGACCGCAUCGACAGCGCCCUCUACAGAACCACGUCAGACCGAGACCACAUCGAGACCGGAGACCAGACAGAAUGAUCAGAAUCACAAUGUAGAAAUGCAGAAUUACAGGAAUUCCUUUGUUAACAAUUACGGCAGGGUGCCACCUUACCCUAAUUAUAAUUUUGGUGAAGGAUAUUUACAAGGACCAAAUGAUGCUGCGAUGUUUGCAAAUCACAUGAUGAUGGUGCAGCAGGCGUAUUUGCAGUAUAUGCAGCAGUACGCUAACAUGCACCGAGUGGCGACGUAUCUUGUAUUAUUUUUCAGGCACCAAAUAGGUUUCUUCCGCGUCCUCAAUGUUCAACAGAACAAUGAAAACGUGGGCAAUGCUCCCGCGCCAGCCACAGAGGAAACCGAACCCGACCGCCAACAGCAAUCGCUGCUCGCCUCCUCUUGGAUCAUUAUCACAUCCUUCUUUGCCUCCCUCAUGCCAGAGACAAUCUGAAUCGAUUUUAAUAAUCGAUCCCAUC